AUGGCGUUCCACGGUGGUUUGCUGCCUUCAAUGGCAGCAGCCGCAGCGGACACUUUGCCUUCGAUAACAAACACUCUUGCGAGACCCUGGCGACCUUCCCCCGUGCCCCGCCAGCAAAUCGAUGCGACUGCUACAACCGAGACUGCGCGAACAGAGUCGUCUGCCGAGGCGACAGAGAAGUCGACGCGGAUCCAGUUGCCCGAUUUCCUCCAACAAGCACCACUGUACGUUUCUAAGGCUAUCACCCCCAGUGCGAUGGCGCCAACCGACAUUCGCGCUUCCGUCUCUGGAUUGGGUCGGGUUGGUUUGCUCGCAGCGAAUCCAAUCCUCCGACGACCUUUCUUCCAGCCCAUCAACACUGUCUCGCCUCCUCUGGUCAAUCUGUUCAUGCGAUCUACCCCCGCCGUCUCAACCCCGCUACGCGCAAUGUCCACGACCCGGGUUCUCUCCGGAACACUCGGUAUGCAGCACAGAGGCUUUGGAACAGCAAAUGGAAUUUCUCGCAGUCAAUUAGCCUCUGUCGAAGAAUCAGCAAACAGGAACCCCGGAAACGCAAAUCUUCAAAACGCCUUCUAUCAGCUUCUUUUGAGAGCCAACAUGCCUGGCAUCUUGGUGGAAAGAUAUCAAACUGGCCGUUUCGCGACAAAUGCAGGUACUGAGGACGCUUACAAGAGGGCACUGGCUGCUCUCAACAGUGGCACAAGCACCGUGGCUACAGCUACAGCGACACCUGGAUUUGCCCGUGGCCAAUGGGCAGGAAACGAACAGGCCAUCGCUAAUGCCGCUCUCAGUGGCUCGAUGGGCGUCAAGGGAGAACCAAUCCACGUUGUCGUCCAAGAAUCCACUCGGUCGCUUGUCUUUCGCUGGGUCAAGUUUUUCGCUACCUUCAUUGUUUUCACCUACUUGUGUUUUGCAGCUGUGACAAUCCUGAUUGAGACGCUGAGCACCUUCAGACGUGGUCCAGGCGCCAAGGCCGACUCUGAGGUCAAGGCUGAAAAACAGACAACUCGGUUUGACGAUGUUCAUGGAUGCGACGAGGCCAAAGAAGAGCUACAAGAGGUGGUCGAAUUCCUGCGCAACCCCGAGAGUUUCUCCGACCUUGGUGCUAAGCUGCCCAAAGGAGUUCUGCUAGUUGGUCCCCCCGGUACUGGAAAGACGCUUCUCGCUCGGGCUGUUGCCGGAGAAGCUGGUGUUCCUUUCUUCUACAUGUCUGGAAGUGAAUUUGAUGAAAUCUUUGUCGGUGUUGGAGCCAAACGCGUUCGAGAACUGUUCGCAGCGGCCAAGGCCAAGUCCCCUGCUAUCAUCUUCAUUGACGAACUGGAUGCGAUUGGCGGAAAGCGUAACCCAAGGGAUCAAGCUCACUCCAAGCAGACCUUGAAUCAACUGCUUACAGAACUUGAUGGAUUCGACACGGACACUAAGAUCAUCAUCAUGGCAGCUACCAACUUGCCCAAACUUCUUGACAAGGCUCUUACCCGGCCUGGACGGUUCGAUCGACAUAUCAACGUGGAUUUGCCGGACGUUCGCGGCCGCAUUGCCAUUUUGAAGCACCAUGCCAAGAAGAUCAGGCUGUCACCUGAUGUGGACCUUGAAUCCAUUGCUGCACGCGCUCCUGGACAAUCUGGCGCUGAUCUCGAGAACAUGCUAAACGUCGCGGCGCUGCGCGCUAGCAGGGCCAAGGCUCGUGAGGUUUCUAAGAAUGACAUUGACUGGGCAUUCGACCGCAUCACCAUGGGCGCAGAGAGAAAGUCAAUGGUGGUGACAGAGAAGGAGAAGGAAAUGACUGCAUACCACGAGGCUGGCCACGCUCUUGUCCAACUGUUCGAAAAGGAAAGCUCCAACAGACUCUACAAGGUUACGAUUCUUCCCAAGGGACCUUCUCUGGGCCAUACUGCUCAUGUUCCUGCCAUGGACAAGUACUCUUACACUGCGGCCGAAUACAUGUCCAACAUCCGCGUGCUCCUCGGAGGCAAGAUGGCAGAAGAGAUGCGAUACGGCGACGAUAAAGUCACUUCCGGUGUUUCCAAUGAUCUCGAGAGGGCUACUGAUUUGAGUUUCAUGAUGGUCACCAACUUUGGCAUGUCCAAUGCUCUGGGGCCCGUUGAAUACGGCAGACGAUAUGAGAAUCUCAGCUCUGAGACCAAGGCUUUGAUUGAAGGCGAAGUCCAGAAGUCGCUAAGGAAAUCCUACGAAGAUGUGAGAAAACUAUUGACGGAAAAGCGGAAGGAGCUUGAUCUUCUGGCGCAGGCACUGGUUCAGUACGAAACGCUGGAUAAAGAUGAGGUAGAGAAGGUGAUUCGGGGAGAGAAGCUGCUUGACCGGACAGUUGUACCCAAAGGACCACUAACUCUACCAAUCCCUGACGACAUUCCUCAGCCCCCCGGCCUGGGCGUUCCUCAACCUCACCCACCCAUUACACCAGCUCCUCCAGCUUCUGCUAAAUCAUCUGCUACAUAA